AUGGAUAGUUCAAGCCGUCCUGGGGUCAUCGACCCCGAAAGUGCUCUUCUUCUUCCAUCAGGCGACUUUCUUGAUCCCGAUGGAUUGCUUGAAGAGCACACAGAGGUGGAAACGAUCCCUCGUCGCCAUUUGGGGAUCUGGUCCACCGCCUUCUUGAUUACGAAUCGAAUGAUCGGAACGGCCAUUUUCUCCACUCCAUCGGCCAUCGCUGCCAGUGUGAGAAGCGCUGGAGCCGCUCUGGCACUCUGGACGGCCGGGUUUCUGCUAUCCCUCUGUGGGCUGAUGAUUUGGCUGGAACUGGCCUCCUUGCUUCCUCGCAGCGGUGGGGAAAAAGUCUAUCUGAACGCCGCCUAUCCCCGUCCACCCUUGCUAGCAACCACCAUUUAUGCCACCCAUGUGAUUUGUCUCGGCUUCACUGGCAUUGGGAGUAUCGCGAUAGCAGAGAAUCUCCUGCUAGCAGUACAAGGCACGGCAGGUGAAUGGACGAAACGCUUUCUGGCAAUUGCCGUGAUGACGACGAUCGCCGUCUUGCACAUCAAGGCGAGUACUCUCGCGGUGCGACUAAUGAAUGUUCUGGCCUCGGCCAAGAUAGUGGUUCUGGUCUUGAUCAUCAUCACCGGCUUACGGGUCGUUGCAACGGACCAACCCAGGGACCACCGGCCGGGCGCAAGCUUCGAUCAUCCCUUUGCUGGCUCUUCCACUCGGAUUUAUGACUAUACGACCGCGUUAUUCAAGAUUCUGGCCACGUAUCAAGGAUGGUCGAAUGCCGCCUACGUCCUCGACGAGGUUCAGAAUCCACGACGCACGUUGAAAAUUGCCAGUGUCCUCGGUGUGGGCUCGGUUGGGAUUCUGUAUAUCCUAGUCAACGCGGCCUACUUUAGCGCUGCCUCCCCGGAAGAACUCAGCAAAACAGGGGUCACUGUGGUUGCGCUCUUGGUCGGGAAAGUCUGGGGAGAAACAGCGCAAUGGUGUACAGCCCUUGUGGCCGCGCUCUCGUCCUUUGGGAGUCUUCUGACCGCUUCCUUCUCCAUGUCGCGGGUUAUCCAAGCUCUGGCCCGAGAGGGUGUGUUGCCUUUUGCUCCCUUCUUUGCAAGCAGCACCUCAUCGGCAACUCCGAAGGGUGCCUUUCUCGCACUGUUCAUGGGUUCCGCCGUGAUGAUCCUCUUGGUCCCCUUCGGAGACGCAUAUAGCUUCCUCCUCGAUGUCGGUCAGUACGCAUUUGCGAUCAUAUAUCUGGCGGUAGUUGUAGGGCUCUUCAUCAUCCGCAGGCGUCUUUCCUGUCCGCAACGGACGUUUCGUGUGUGGACGAGUGUGGCUAUUAUCUUCCUGGCCACGCAGAUAUUCCUUGUGUUGUCGCCUUUCCUAAACCGUGAGCACACUAGUGACACUAGCCUUCCAUUCUGGUUGAUGCCAACGGUUGCCAUCUUGGCUCUAUCGAGUGGCUGGGCGUAUUGGUAUGGGUGGUGGGAGCUUCUCCCUCGCAUGAGAGGAUUUGUCUGGAAGAGUAAAGAGACAGUAUCAUCCGAUGGUACUCGUAUGGUGGCGUGGAUAAGACAGAGCCAUGAUGACUGA